AUGAAUAUCUGUCUAGAACUUGGCCGACUUGUGUACUUUAACGCACCUUUAUUUUUUUCAACAGAGAUCGAUCUGUUCCCAUCGACCGUUUCUUUUGACUUGCGAUCCUCGUUACGCAUGAAGGCGGCUGAGCCUCCUGCAUUCCGACAACCGUUUUCCCGAUGUAUUCUCUGCAAUGCAGUUCUGUCUCCGGAGUCUGUUGUUCUCUUGGCGUGCGGCUCUUUCAAUCCCAUAACUAUCAUGCAUCUUCGGAUGAUGGAACUUGCUCGUGAUGAGGUUGAACGAUCGCGGACUCUGCCCAGAUCUACGAAUUGCACCAAAGGAGAGAAUGCCUGUUCUGGUUUAGUGGAAGACACAUCAUCAAUUGAUGUGAGCUCGUGCACAGGAAAAGCUGACUUUAGUUGUCCCAACAGCGUGUUACCUUGGAACCAAUCGGUUCUCUGUGGCGUUCUCAGCCCUGUUUCAGACACAUAUGCAAAGUCCGAUUUGGCCCCAUCAUCAGCGCGCAUCGAGCUGGCCAGAUUAGCUUGCCAGUUCCACUCAGACUGGUUGGCGGUUGACAUGUGGGAGGCGACACAACCUGAAUGGGUCCCAACCCGAUUGGUUGUGGACCAUCUUCAGUUGGUUCUGGAUCGGGUUUGGUUCAAAUUGAUCGCAAAUGAGAGCUUCACUUACACUUCCGUCGUUCUACCUAAUCAACCUCCUGUUGUACCCGCUUCGAAUGGCCAACUUUCUCCGCAAUCAAGAGAGUCUGCACACGUCAACGCAUUCGAUGGCUUGUUCUCUGAAUCGUGGCUUCUGAAUUGUAUCAAGCGUACUGCUCAGAUAACCGGCUGCUCGCUAUGCCGAAAAAUUCCUUCCACACUACACAAUGCACGAAGCACAUCCUCAUCUGCGUCUUGUGAGGAUGCUGAUUCAAUCUCCUCCACAUCCCACGAGGUCUGUUGCCGGUGGUAUCCGAGACCUCGGGUUAGACUGGUGUUUGGUGCGGACAUUAUUCAGUCUUUUCAGGUUCCUAACUUGUGGACACAAGAGGACCUUGAACAUCUGUUAGGUCAAUACGGCAUUAUCUGCAUUAGCAGACCCGGAUGCGAUGUGUCCAGGCUAAUCUCCGAUUCUGAACUGUUGAGGAAGUAUAAAAGCAACAUUACUCUGGUGCAAGAAUGGUUCGAAAACAACCUCAGCUCUUCUUUGGUCCGACGGAGCCUCAAGUUGGGUCAAUCGGUGCUUCAUCUCGUCCCACAAAGUGUGCUUGAAAGGAUUUAUGCUCUCAAACUAUACGGUGCGCAAAGGCGGCAACACUGUUCCUUCCAAGCCAAGAAUCAGUGCUGUGCGGUGGCGCCCUGUUCUCCCGCCACUCACAGAUCUUCAAACUCACAACCUCAUACAAUCACCACUACUACCACUGUGGAAGACACAAGUUCACUGUCGUAAUCCUUGCUAAAGGCAGAACACGUUUUCCUGCCAGUUUGUUACCCGACGUCCUCAAUCGUGCAAUUGGCAGCCCCCCCCCUAUUUUUCUACCUUUGUUAAACUAGAUUGUAACUCUCCGCCCGCUUUUAGUGAUUAC